AUCCUCCAUUAAAAACUACCAUGCCACAUCAACUAGCAAGUAGCAACCAAGUCAAGUGUUUUAACAAAGUUAUUUCCGUACCUCAUCAUCAUCCUUCAAAUUUCAACAAAAUCACAAAAUCAUUCAAUUCAACUCAUAAAAAAUUUCCCUUUUCCAAAUUUAGCAAUCCAACUUAAUCAAAAUUCUCCCUAAAAACCCACCUAAUUUCCAUAAAAAUAUCUCUACAUACAUCUCACAACUUUUCCCAAUUUUAUUAUUUUCAUUUAUUUAUUUAAUUAAAUUUCCCCCCAAAAAAAAAAAAAAUUAAAUUAAAAAUGCCACCUUUACAACUACUUCUCCGGCGCACAAUAGCCACCGCCGGCGGCGUAAACCCACCAUUAAUUCUCUCUCCUCCACCAUUAAUGGCGAAGCAAUCGAUCCCAAGCACCAUUGUUUAUUCUUCAAAGAGGAGCACGUUAGCAAAAAAGAGGGGCGCGUGUUAUGGUGUUGCGUGUGCGCACGUUAAGGGGUUAACUACAACCACUACAAAAAUAAAGCAAAUGAUAACAUACAACAUCCCUAACAACAUUAAUAGGAAAAGGGUAUUUAUGCUUUCUUCUUCAUCCUCCUCUUCUUCUCCAAUUUCAGAGGAGAGAGAAACUAAGAGUAGUGAAGAAGAAGAAAAGGGGGGUGAUAGAUUUACUAGGGCUUCUGAGUUUGGGGUUGGUUCGUUUGGGUCUGAAAUGGGUUUGAAGGAUAAGCGAAACGAUGAUGAUUUGAAUCGAAACGGUGUCGUUUUGUCUACAAAGAAGGAUCAGGAGGAAAAGGGGAAUGAUUGUUCUUCUACCAAAUUGCUUACAUUGCCUACUGUUUUAACCCUUGCUCGUGUUGCUGCCAUUCCUGUUUUUAUUGGAACAUUUUACGUGAAUAGUUGGUGGGGAGCAGCUGCCACGACCAGUUUAUUUGUUGCUGCAGCAAUCACAGAUUGGCUUGAUGGCUACCUUGCCAGAAAGAUGCAUCUAGGUACGGCAUUUGGUGCUUUUCUGGAUCCCGUGGCCGAUAAGCUUAUGGUUGCUGCAACAUUGGUCUUAUUAUGUAGCAAACCACCUGAAAUUGCCUUAUUCGGAGAUAUCCCUUGGCUAUUUCCAGUACCAGCCAUUGCAAUUAUUGGGAGAGAGAUAACCAUGUCUGCAGUUAGGGAAUGGGCUGCCUCUCAAGAUGCUAAGCUUCUGCAGGCUGUUGCUGUAAAUAAUUUAGGCAAAUGGAAAACUGCAACACAGAUGACUGCACUUACUUUGAUCUUGGCUACUCGAGACAGCAGUUUUGUUGCUAGCCAAGGGGCUCUAGCAACUUCUGGUGUUGCUCUGCUCUAUAUAUCAGCCGGGCUUGCAGUAUGGUCACUAGUAGUAUAUAUGAAGAAAAUUUGGAAGGUGUUAAUGAGAUAAAUAGUGAUACGCUCAGAGCUUGCAUUAUGUGAUUAAUCAUACGGCCCAGCCCAUACCUCACCCCAUACAAGUUUACACCCGAAGGCCCAAGGUUGGCAAUUAAAUCAAGGUUGACAAUCUCCAAGUCAGUGAGUUGUGCUAUGGUCAAGAUGCGGCAAUCGAAGUACAAAAUACAACGGCAACAAGAAAGGAGGAAGUUUGAGUCAACAACAAGGGCAAGAUGACAAAACUCAUUAAGAAGGACUUGAGGAAAGCAAGCAACAAGCUUCUACAAUGUCUAAUUAUGGUUUUGCCAUUUUAGCUAAUUAGUCACAUGAAUCUAUCCUUAGUCUUAGAAGUCUUGAGUAUAAGUAAGUUAGUAAGUUUGGCAAUUAGGAUUAUCCAGAAAUUGAAUGUAUUGUAAUUGAAAGUUGUAGCCUCAAGCUACAUUGUGAGAUUAAUGGCCUCAAGCCAUUGCUAUCCUACUUCCAUUAAUCAAUGAAAUACUCAAGCUUUCCUCUUAAUUA